AUGGGUGCUGCGAGGCCGUGGGGUUCGCUGGCUGUGGAACGAACCGGCUGUGAGGCAGGCCAGUUUUGGGAGGCUGCAAGGCGCACGUUAGGCCCAAAAAACCACAUAGGUCGGGUUAUUCUGAGGACCCGAGCCUCAGUCAUCAAUCACAGAGCGAAGAGCAAACUGAGAGGCGCGCAGAAGUUGAAGCGCGUGGAGUUCACCGGAAAAAUCAGUACUUGCUUGCAAAUUAAGGUUGAUGAUCUGGCUGAAGCCGCAAAGUUGUUCGAUCUAGCUGAUGUGCCGAUAUAUCCUUACAUUAAAAACUUCCAAGGGGAUUCAAGCAGCCAUCCCAUAAACUUCGUGAGAGUGAAACGAUCAGUUGACAUGAUCAGGAUUAUGUUUGAGCAAAUUCUUGCCACGAUUAUCUACUGUUGCAUUUUUUAUGUGGAGGCGAGCUUACACUGGUUUUGGGGUAUUUGGUUCUCCAAAUGUGAUUAUAACCAUCCUCAUGAGCAUUGGCGGGGAACUCCUUGUAGUUCCGGUAUCUACUGCUGUUUGGAUCCUAACGCAGCUAAAUGCAAAAGCAGCAAAUGGAAUGCUGUUAUAAUGCAAAUUUUUUAGUGAGUCUACUUUUUCUGGAUCCAAGUUUCUCUAUACAUCUUCAAUGUAUUAAAACACAUAUGCAUAGUUUAUUCAACAAGGAUUCAAAUGUAAAACUUUUAGUGUGCAUCAACUGCUGUGAUCCCAUAUGCUAAACAUCUCUUUCAUUCAAAGAAUUAGAGUUGAUUAAUUUUUCUUUUUUA